GUAAAGGGGUGUUAAGAGCGCGCGGGAUCAAGAUAACACGGAGCUCAGUCGAUCGGAAAUGAAGCUCUGAAGCAAAGUUCAAACGAUAAACGGCCUGCAGAAGUCACGUUGACAGCUGAAAGUCACUACAUCCGUGUCCAUGUGUUAGGUCGUAUUCGCAUGAUUGGAAUUAAGUAAAUGAUCGCAUGAGCGUAGUGGACAACGUGGCAAAAUAGAACAUGUUGCAAUUCAAAUACUAGCGCUGCCUCGUGGAAUCCAUGCCUGCAGUGCAUGCAAGACUCACCUUCGUUGUUGGCUACCAUCGAGGAACUAGCAGAACUGGUGAGUACUGUGCAACUGUUCUCGUCAUUUUCGAUCAUGAACAAGUCAGCCAGAAAAAUCAUACAGAGGGCUUACGGUAGCGAACUAUGCCUCCACUUGUGAUGCCGACCAUCGAGGAAAAUGUGACUUCGGUGUCUGAACCCCCUGCGAUGCCGACCGCUGAGGAAACUCAACCCCCGACGCAACCCAAUAAACCGACUCCAAAACACCGAUUCAAGGGUCACAACAACCAAAUUUUGGAUUUCGUCUUCUUGCACGACAACAUCCAUGUUGUGAGUGGUUCGUUGGACGGCAAGAUGCGCAAGUGGAACUGCGACACGGGACUUCUUGUUGGAGAACCAUGGUCCGGCGAGGGCGGAGCGAUACAUGCACUGGCGCUUUCACCGGACGGGAAGAUAAUUGCCUGCGGGAGGGAAGACGGAAGCGUUCAGCGGUGGGACACUGACGGAAAGAUGAUCGAGGGCGUUUGGACAGGUCAUAAGGAGUUGGUGCGGUCACUGUCGUGGUCUCCCAAUGGACACCAUAUUGCAAGCGGGUCCGACGAUGGAACAAUCCUGAUUCGAAAAGCAGUUGAGAGCGGAGAGAUCAAGGCGGGCCCGAUCGAGACGGGGCAGGUUGGUGUACUUGCACUUGCAUAUUCACCUUCAGGCGACAAAAUUGCAUCAGGCGGGAAGAACCAGACGAUUUGCAUUUGGGACUCGAAGACAGGCGAGCUCGUCGUUGAGCCUAUCGAAGACCUUGGGCACUACGUGUGGUCUGUGGUGUGGUCGUCGGACGGCACCAAGUUGUAUGCCGCCUUGGGUCAUUUCGCACGCGUUUUCGACAGUAACUCAGGCACAGAACUUCAUAACUUCAAGCACAUUCAUCCGCUGAUUUCCGUUGCGCUUUCACCCAAACACAAUGUACUGGCAUGCGUGGGCAUAAGAGGUAUUGCACGGCUAUGGGACACAAAGUCCCAUCAACCACUCGGUCAGCCAUUUAAUCAGGAGGAAGGGAUCCCUUUGUGUGUGGCAUUCUCCCCGGAUGGCAAAUAUGUAGCAUAUGGGGGAACAGACAACACAAUCACUUUGUGGGUGGUAAAAGAGAUAGUUCCAGAGCUUCCAUCACCGCCGUCAUCUUGUCUUGAAGCUGACACUACAGAUCCUUUUGCUCAAUCAAGGAGUGAUAAUUACGGCGACUUUUCUCAGUCUUAUCAUCCUUCGGCACUACCUGGCCCAUCUUGUCGUUCCCAGAAUACCCCCGCAUCUCCUGCUCGCCGCUUUUGGAACAUCCGCAUCCCCUUUCGAGAUCGUCCGACAGAAAGUGAGUCCAUUGCGCUGCAUCAACGCCCCAAACAUAGUUUCUUUGGACGCCGCUCGGGACCACAGCCUGUAACAGUCUCCGCUGCACACAAAUUAAAGAAGCGUUGGAUAGCGCGUCACCCUGUAAAGACUAAUGCUCAGGCUGGUCAAUCGCCCUCAGCGACAAUACAGCAUACAACGCAGCCACAUUCGACGCCUCAACCUCAGCCUCAGGCACAGGAAACGAUACAACAACCUGCUCAAGAAGAUCGUAGUCGAUGGGGCAAAUUCUGCAUUGCACUCGGGUGCAUCCCACGCCGCCCUCUUCCCGUUCCCUCCCCUGCUCAGCCUGCUACAUCGUAAUAUCACGUUACCAAGUGUGUUUCGUUUUUUCCCAUAUCUAAGUUUCAUGCGCUUCACUCUUGUUUGUGCCUAAUCACUAUUCAGUCUCUACAUACAUCAGUUCUUGCUAUUAUCACUAGCAUGCGCGUCUGGCUGAUGCUCUAUUUAAAUCAAACGAUAAGUGGA